AUGGCCACGCUGCUCCGCAAGAUCGGGCUCAUCCGCCUGCACAACCGGGACACCGAGGACCCCAAGCACCACCACAACCACCGCGGCGGCGGCGGCCAGCAGAGCGCGUCGCUGCGCGGCAAGGGCGGCGCCAAGAGCGGCGGCCACAAGCAGCAGCAGCAGCAGCAGCAGCACCCCGGGGGCGCGGGCGACUCGAGCCCGGGGCCCGGCAAGGGCAAGGGCAAGCGCGCGGCGGAGCUGGCCCCGCCGGCGGGCGCCAGGGCGGGGCCGGGCCCCGCGGUGGCGGCGGCCGCGGCGGCCGGCAGCCUGGUGCCCGCGGCGCGCCAGCAGCACUGCACGCAGGUGCGCAGCCGGCGGCUCAUGAAGGAGCUGCAGGACAUCGCGCGCCUCAGCGACCGCUUCAUCUCCGUGGAGCUGGUGGACGAGAGCCUCUUCGACUGGAACGUGAAGCUGCACCAGGUGGACAAGGACUCGGUGCUGUGGCAGGACAUGAAGGAGACCAACACCGAGUUCAUCCUGCUCAACCUCACCUUCCCCGACAACUUCCCCUUCUCGCCGCCCUUCAUGCGGGUGCUCAGCCCGCGCCUGGAGAACGGCUACGUGCUGGACGGCGGCGCCAUCUGCAUGGAGCUGCUCACGCCGCGCGGCUGGUCCAGCGCCUACACCGUGGAGGCCGUCAUGCGCCAGUUCGCCGCCAGCCUGGUCAAGGGCCAGGGACGGAUCUGUAGAAAAGCCGGCAAAUCAAAAAAGUCCUUCAGUCGCAAGGAAGCGGAAGCUACCUUUAAGAGUUUGGUGAAGACUCAUGAAAAGUACGGCUGGGUCACCCCGCCGGUCUCUGACGGCUGAUGUUUGCUGCGCGUCAGAUGCUUGAGCCGCCUGUCCACACACACCAACGCCCCGACAUCUCCUCCUCAACGCCGUGCAUCCUCCAUCCUUUUUCACUCCAGCCAGAACUGCAUCCUGAAUGCCAAGGAGACGUUUAAGUUAUUUAUGAACAGAUGUGUUUACAGAGAGAAAGAGGGAGCAAACGCUGUUCGGGAUUAUUUCGAUUAUAAAAGAAUGAUCACCUCUAAGUCACUUUAGAACAAAUGUUGAGAUGGUGACGUUUCCCAGCCUGCCUGCCCCUCUGCCCGCCCUGGUCACAUUGCCCUUAGCUUCUUUCCAUGACAGCAGCCCCCACCAGCCGGCAGGAAGCUCCGUGCCCUGCCCGCUCCAUCUCCGUGUAAAUGGCGCCCUGCGUAUCUCCUAGGAAGCCCGUGCGCCGCGCCGGUGCACGCCACCACUUGUUUGCUGUGCUCUCUAUUUCUGUUUCUCUCCCUGGCAGGUCCACGUAACUUGAAGACGUGUCUUUCUGUGGCCCAUGGUCUGCUGUGAUGACAUUUAGACCUCAUUCGUGCUAUGACCUUUGGCUCAUGAAAACACAAAUUUAACAUUGCCAGAUUCUGUGAUACAAAUCUACAACUGCCCACUUGGUUACAAUGUGCUCUCGAUGCUGAUUUUGUGAUGUGCUGCUGUCCACAGAUAAACCAGUGCCAUGAGAUGAAAGGCAGAGGAUGCUGCAGCCACCCGGGGCAGACAGUGUACGGACACCAGGUGCACCCCUGGGGCUCAGAGCUGUGAACAGUCUUUUCCGACGUUAGGAAAUGCUCCUACGACAGUGCAUUUGUGUUCCUGUCUUCUCUCAACCAUCAAAUGCAAAAGACGAUUUCCCAUUCACUGCGGUCAUCUGACUCAUUUUAUUAUAUGUGCUAGUGACAGGGAAUGCCAGAACUGCCAAAGGAUACCAAGUGAUCGUACGAUGAUUUGCAUGACCGGGUCUGUUUCUUCACCCAGUAGUCACUUGUGUGUCCCCCGAGGUUGGGAUGCGUGAGCACCCGCGCUGUGAUGUAGACUUCCUGUUAUUUAAUCUCCCCACGGUUUCAUUUGCUCUUCUGUUAAGUUACUUAGAACUUUCUAAGAAACUCCAUGAAAUGAGGAAGUACUGUUUAUAAUAAUAUACGGAAAGAGGUAAAAUGUUCAUUCCAAGUGGAAAAUCUUAUUGGACACAUUUUAAAUAAAAUCAUGCAUACCUG